AAAACAAGAAGGGCCUGAUUUUGUGUCAAUAUAACGAAGCAAAAGGCAAGCAGAAUUUCGAUAUAUCUUCGAGACCCGCAGUGCUACUGCUUUCUCCUAGUCCACCUCAUCCCCGUCACCUUUUCGACUCUUAUUCUCUAUAAGUUUGUGCUUCGAGAUGAAGAACCUCGUUCUGCUUGCAGCGAGCAUCGCUCAAUUGGCUCACGCUUUUGAUGCACAACUGCCUGCCCACACUCCAUCACCCAGCUUCACAGUAUCCUCGAUCAACAAGCAAAGAGCAACAAUCACCGGAAGAGCUAUUAACCCGACCGGUUCUGGUCAGAUCGGCGUGACUCCUGUGACCGAUGAUCUUGGAGAUACUGGAGUGUAUCAUCUGAGUGACCUCGGACCUGAUCAUCCGGUUCUUACCAUCUCUGGUAACGAAUAUCACUAUAUCGAAGGACACACCGACUUCUUGACAGUGGAGACUAAGACAGAAGGCUCAAAGACCAAAACAUCAACAGUGCAAGCUUUGGUCGCAACUGCUACAGCUGAUGGCUCUGACUGGAAGAAUGGAGAUAUAACUAUCACCUUCCCUGAGAGCUUUGCAAACACGCUCAAAGACAAGGCUGGGGAUGCCAUCUCAAAGUGUGGUAUUUCUCGCAGGAACACCAAACGGUCUUUCCGCCGUCGAUCUUCGAUUGCCAGGAGACAGUCUGGCUCCUCGUGUCUCAUUGAUGAGGCCAUUGACUUAUCAGCCGAUGAUGAACUUUUUGAACCAGAGAUUCCAGAGACUGGAGAGUCGUCCAACUUCUGGCAAGAUGAGACAUUCUUCGAGGAUAUAGGUAUUGAGCUAGCACAAGAUGCACCUGCCGAGAUGGUCUCGGCUAUUGCUGCCAUCGAGUCGGAAGCUCAGAAGAAGAAAGCCAUGGUUAUCUAUGCUUCUUUCUUAGCAGCACUCGAGACCUCCGGUGCUAUCGCUAUCGUCAACAUUCCUGCUAAUGGUAUUGGUCAACCGAGUGAAGAGUCUGGCGAUGAUGACGAUACGAAGCAGUGCGAUCCAUCAAAGGCAGCCGAUAUUGACUCAUGGCCUUGCACGCAUGAAAAGUGCAAGGGUGAUGAUGACGACAAAUGCACCGAAGGAGAUGACAAAGGAUGUGCAUGCGUCCCAGUCAUAGAUGGCCCUGAUCACAUCGAGGAAUCUGAUCAGGAGUGGUGGGACGAGAGAGAGCAGAUCCUGAUUGCAAUCGCCGCUCUCACUGUUUCAGACUCAUCCCCUGCGAAAUGCUUUGCCAACAGCGAUGGUCCUGACUUCUACGGCACCGAACAAGCAAGCCCAGCUACUUGGUGCGUCUGCACAGCUACCGACCCAUAUAAGGUUGGCGUGUACUCGACCAUUGCCAGUCAGACAGCUCCCUGCUCUUACAGCGCCCUGCCCACUGAGACAAUCACAAUCGAUCACGGACCCACAAUUACCACCGCUCCCACCGAAUGCAGAACAGAAACCGCCACCGGAAAGAACGGCGGUCCUUACUGUACUUGCAACGACAACAAGCAACACGGCAUGUCUGUCUGGUCAUUCUACGGCACAGCAACAACCGGAUGUCUCGAGCCCACCGAGACUCCCAGCCCUCCUGCAGAGCCAACACCAACUUGCAACGUCGACAAGCCAUACAAGAUGAGCAAGCACAAUCUGGAAGCCUAUGCCGAUCAAUUCUGCGAUGAUCAUGCUGGCGAAGGACUAAGAACCGUGCCAUUGAACCCCUACUCCAAUGCUGUCCAAGACACCGGAAACGACGGCUUGGACGGCGCAAAGCUAACACUCUUCGCCUACGUCGACAAAGAGUGCCUGGACAAGACCGGCAUCAAGAUUGACAAAGACCAAUGCACCAGUGCCAUCAAGAAGAUUGGCGAAGUCUGUGACGAGGGGAGCGAUGACACUAUCGGUGGUGCCGUGUCCAUAGACUGUCAGUGGUAUAACAUUACGGCUGUGCCGGGCUGUAUGGGAAGUACAGAGAGCUUCGAGAAUCCGGGAAGUUGCGAUGUGGGCAAUCUGCCAGGCGGGUACAGUUCAUGGCCUUUGGGAGAUGUCAAAGCACCAUAAGUAAUCUGAGUAUGAUCAUCUCAUCGAUAGAAACUUCUGCUCGAAUUUUGUGGCGCACCUCAGGUUACUUUGAACAU